AUGCCAGUCGACCUGAAUCUUGCACACUGCUGCAAGGAAUGCUACAUGCCGUUGCUGGGCGGUGUGUGCGAGUAUGAUCCUGAGCACACUCCGCUACCAGCGGAUCUGAGUGAUCCGUCUCUUCCGAAGUGGUUUGGGAAAUGGUUGCAGAAUUAUCGCCGUCGACAAGCAUUGCGACCUUGGUUGGUAGGACCCAUUCCACCUAUGUCGAACGUGGAUCCUUGCGCACGAGUCCGCCUCCCGACCGCCUUCGAGGCCCAGAACAGCGAUGUUCACAUCAUGGGCCCUCGUUGCCCGCAAUGCUGGAUUCAGUUGGAAGAAACUGGUACGGCUGGUGGCGGUUUUCGCUGUCCGCUGGACCCCUCUCAUGAUGUCUCAGAUCCACUGCGGGACUUCUCACCCCAGCCGCCUGCAAGGCCUCCGACCGUGGUCUUAGAAGCCUUGAAGGCUGAUGCCGCGCCAAAAGAAGAGAAGCCGGAGCCCGCGAUGGACGACUGGAUCAGAGAGCUUGGUCUGCCCAUCACCCUGUCGGCAUGGCUUCGGGAUGUUGAUGGUCAAGGCUUCCUGAGCACGUACCAGGAUGUGCUGGCCAGCCACUUCGACUCCCCACAGCAGCUCUUGGAUGUGCUUCCUGGCCAAAACGGGCUAGCUACCCAGCUUCCGGGGGUCGUCAAUGAGAUCUACUUGUCAGGCGGUGCCUUUCUCUCUAGGCCGCCGGCUCGACUUUGGGGUUCAGGGUUGAGGGGCGCUGCCCGGGAAAAGAAGCUCAAUACCUGCGUGUAG